CCGGCAUAAGAAAAGUCAUAACAAAGUUUGUUGUGCAAUAUUGUUCGCUAGAAAUAGUAGAUUUUCUUGGAUGUUCUACUUAUAUUAGAGAAACUAAUUAACGCAUCAGUGUUUUGAUUUUUAAUCUUUUGUACUAUUUUUUUCAAGAUGAUGCGCUACGAAGGAAACGAAAAGUUAGCAGACGAAACCGCAUGUGCAAGGGUACGAGCAGAUUUGAAAAUGUGUCUGUUGGAAAGUGACUGCUGCAAGAAGGAACAUAAAUUACCUCGGGAGUGUUUAGGCCGAUCGGAUGCCACUGUACCGGACGAGUGUAGGGCUCUGCGAACAACUUUCUUCGAAUGCAAGCGGUCGUUGCUAGAUAAUCGACAGCGAUUUCGAGGUAGAAAGGGUUACUAAAAUAAAGGCUCAAUUCGUCUGAUGUAUGCGAUAUGUUAAAUAGAGCUAAUGGAAUCGUGGAUCGUCGAAAAACAUCCAGGAUAACGAAGGAUUUUUUAAAGAAUCAACGAAAACGAAAAUAGUUAUUCUGCUUUAAAUGUAAAAAAAUUCAAUUUCCAUUAAAUAAAUCAUAUUUAUUCAAA